AUGGUCGAAUUCAAGGGAUACGCACUCACCAAGGCUGAUCGCGCCGCGUGGAACUCGCUCGAGGUGGUCGAAUUCGAGCCAAAGAAAUUCGAGGACACCGACGUCGAGUUCGCCAUAACGCACUGCGGCCUGUGCGGCUCCGACGUGCACAUCCUGCGACAGGGCUGGGGGGAUGUCGCAUAUACGCCGCUCGUCGUCGGGCAUGAGAUCGUCGGCAAGGUCGUCCGCGUCGGCCCGAAGGUCACGGAGUUCAAGGCCGGCGAUCGCGUCGGCGUGGGCGCGAAGGUGGGCAGCUGUGGGACGUGCAACAGGUGCACGCACGACAACGAGCAGUACUGCACUGCCUCUGUCAGCGCUGUGGUACUUCGUGUCCCGCAGAACAGCCGUUUCCCUGACGGGACCCCCGUGCAGGGCGGGUUUGCUACCGCCAUCCGCGUCGACGAGCGCUUCGUGUUCGCCAUUCCCGAGGGGAUCGAAUCCAAGGAUGCUGCCUCGAUGCUUUGCGGCGGCGUCACAGUUUUCUCGCCACUGCGGCGGAACCACAUCGGGCCGGGAACGAAGGUCGGCGUGAUCGGCAUCGGGGGUCUUGGUCACUAUGCCAUCCUGUUCGCGAAGGCAUUGGGCGCGAAGGUGUACGCCUUCACGCACAGCCCGAAUAAGCAGGAGGAUGCGAAGAAGCUCGGCGCGGAUGUUGUGGUCGACACUGGAGUCGAGGACUAUCAGAAGCCCUACUUCGACACGCUCGAUCUGAUCAUCUCGACGACGAACGUCUUCCCAAAGGGCGUCACCUACUUCACCUACACAAGCAUGCUCACGCCGUGCGGCAAGUUCGUCAACGUCGGCCUGCCCGACGCCGACAAGGACAUGCCCUCCCUGCAGGCGUCCGACAUCCUCUGGAACGGCACGUUCGUUGGCGGCUCCCUCGUCGGCAGCAAGCGCGACGUCAACGAGAUGCUCAAGGUUGCGGCGGAGAAGGGUGUGAAGCCGUGGGUGCAGGAGCUGCCGAUGCGCGAGUACAAGACCGCGCUCGAGGGGGUGCAUAAUGGAGACGUGCGCUACCGUUAUGUGUUGAAGCAGGAUCUCGUGCCGGUCGAGUAG